CGCCCAGCCACCUACACCAAAACAGCCUGAGCGCCCAACAGGGAAAACAGGCAAUCGGCUGCUCUGCUCCUGAGUUACUAGCUGUUGUCGUCUCUUUAGGGGGAGGCCGAGAGUUAAUAAGCAGACAGUAAUAGCGCUUAUGCGCCCAAAUCCAAAAUAGCGGAUGACCAUUUCCAUUUCAUCUGCCUGCAACCGGACACCAGCUGGCUGUGCCGAUAUGUGCACUCACUAGACCCUACCCAGGUUACAACUGGUGUUUGGGCUGAGCGACUGCCGCGGCUCUUUCGAUAGGCUGCAUUCUGUCUGCUUUCUUGCACUUUCUUGCCCUUCUGCAUGGAUUUCUACUCCCACCCUUCACUCUGCCACAGUCACACGAGGAGAGACCUUCUGUAAAAUUUCCCAUUCAGUGAUAACUGAAGACGGUAUCUUCUCCAGGGGGCCUCGACUGCAAGGGUUCUGUGUGGUCAUCUGUGGAAACUCUCAAUGGAUUUCAUAAAAGAUGGAAUAUGGAGAGCCAAUCGAAAUGUGAAAGGAAAAUCAGUAGCUGUAAACUUCUGCUCAUGGCAACCUGAGCUGCCCCCCACAUCAGCCUGAAGAUCGAGGAACGAGGACUACACACCAUGAACUGCAUCGAGAAACGGCAUGUGAGCCACAAAGCAAGCAUGCCGCACCUCUACUACCUGGACAGCUUCAUGGACGAGCUGGAUCGAGAGGUCAUGAACCUCACGGAUCGGGCCUUCAAAAGCCUGUGCAUCGGCGACGAGGCGAUCUACAACGACUCGGAGUUCUCACCACCGCUAGUGAGCUGCCACAAGCCACUAGUAGAAGAAGUAUCUAAAAAGACUCAACAGACAUGUUCCAUGGCAUUCAAAAAGCAAGAAACUCAACCCCAUCUCAAUGGUGUGAACAACAUGCCAUGGCAAAUGAACAAAAGCUCCUCACUCUUCGCUGCAUUUGCAGCCAAGAAAAAUGGAGAUGCCACCAAGAUGACCAAUGGCGACUCGUGGGAUAAAUCAGCACUGCUUAGCAUUCAACAAGAACUAUCCGAAUUUUCCUCAGACUAUCAGAACAAUAUUGCACAUCACCACAAUUCCCAGGUCAAGAAUCAUCUCAAAUCCUCAGAGAAAAGCAAUAAAUCGAUCGCAGACACAUCUACUCAAUCAGGGAAAUUGAGCAAAAGCAAACACAGCAAAUCCAGCAAGCUCAAAAAAUUGAAUUCCAAAAACUUCUUCCUUCACAGUGAACUCAGCCCAUUCCAGUCCUGGAGGGACUUAAAUAAGUUUCCUUUUGGACUGGAGAACAUAGAAAUCUUCCAAAGCAAUGGCCCACCCGAAUGGUACGAUUCGCCACUCUACAAAAAACUCACCAUGUCACACAGGUUACACAAUUCAGAGUUACACGAUUCAGAGUUACAUGAUUCAGAGUUACAUGAUUCAGAGCCACAUGAUUCAGAGUUAAAUGAUUCAAUUCAAUCCAAGGGGGCAAAGCAGUGCUCAAACCCUAAGUUACCCCAAAACAACACAGACCUUGACUUCAAGACUUUGACUUCCACAAGCAUGCCUUUAAAAUCAGAAAAACAGCCUGAACCUCACAAAAUUCCCACCGAACCUCAGCCUCCUCCAGUCUUGCUGAAAUCCUCUGAGCAGUCUGAGCUGAGGAGUCAGUCUGAAGGCGCCCCCUGGAGGAAAAACAGAAGCAGGGCAAAAAGUGCAGUCCCUAUUGGUCAGUCCCUUCUAAGCUCACUUACAUGUGAAAAGGCAAAAGCUGUAGAAGAGGUUGAACUACCAAUCAAAAAGGAUGUCAGAACAAUGGAAGAACAAAGCUCCACAAGUUCAACCCCAUUCAACAUUUUACAGCUGCUAACUCCAGUCAUCCCAUCCAGGCAGGGAACAGGAAGUUCAGAGGUGCUUCAAUCUGUUCUCUCACCAUCUACGCUCGAUCUACCAGUGCUUGCAGAAAGAGAUCUGCACCCGUCACCUGAGAUUAAACGGGAAGGCUACAAAUCCAUUGCUUCAAGUCUGCUGUUCAAUCUCAAGGACAACAGGAAACGGGUCAAGGCGAUGUACAGCCCACCGAAGUUCAGAAGUUCAGAUCCAACAGAUCAAAAUAAACUGUCUCCUUUGGCUGAACAGGUUCUUACCAAAACUGGCCAGGAAGUUGCUGAGAGUUCUGAUGCUAAAAUCGCAUCACCUGUUCAUCCGAAAGCUCAUAAAUCCCCAGCCAGUGUUCCUCAAGAGACUGCAGGCCAGCAAAAGUCUACUCCCAGCGGACAUAUAAAUGGGGGGUUGCCAGAUGACUUCUUGGCACUGAGUUUACUGCAGGCUGGAAAUGGAAGCUCUCCUUGUUUGAAAUCUAACAAGAGCCCGGUGGUUAACAAAGCCACAUACCCAUCGUUAAAUCUGUACCGGAAAGCUAGUCCAGAAGAAUGCAUGGAUGCAAAAACCGUGCAAGCACUGAGUGUACCCGGUUCACAUCCAAACCUGGAUAAAAGCACUACAUUAAAAGAGAUGGACGGCAAAGAAAGGCAAAGAAAAACACCAAAUACACCAGUCCCAUCAAUACUUGUGAACAAGCCUACAGACCAUACAAACAAAAGAAAAAGUGAAAGCAUUCACACGAACGAUGAUAAGAAUAAAGGUAAAUUAGGAACAGUAGGAAAUGUACAGACUGAGAAAGUGGACAUCAUUUCUCUAAGAGAAAAAUAUCCUCUUGCACUUAUGAAGAAGCCCAAUGUAAAGACAGAAACACUGAGUCCUGUAUGUGGCAGGAAUCAAGACAAAGCAAACAUGGGAGAAACAGAGAAAGUCGAGCAAAGACUUGCGAAGGAUAGUAAAGAAAGGAUGGAAGCAAAAGCUAAGCAUGUAUUUUCAGCAAGACAGAACAACUAUAUCAAAAGUCAGAGAAGUGUAAGUGUAGAUGUGCAUGAGGAGGAGUACGGACAUGGUGGAGAAGAUGUAGCUUGUGUAAGAAGCAAAAGCGAGGUGGCAAAGGAGAAUGUCUCAAGGAUGUCAGAAAUUACAAAUGUCAGUGAAGAGAGGAAAAGUAAACAGAAUGGAGGUGCAAAUGAAGUUAAACUCAUAGAAAUAGCUAAAGAAGGAAAACUGGGAGGAACGUCUAUCAGGGAAAGUGUUAAAAAUGAAGCUUUCAACAUGAAAGACAAUAAUUUGGCUCUCUCAAACAUUUCAGGUCUUAGCAGUGAACAAAAAGCAACCAAGGGUGAUGCCUUUUCAAUAAAAGGAAACACAUCAGCCAAAAGAGCGCUGUUCAUUUCUAAGGAACAAUCGUUUACUAAGGCAGCAGUUGCUGCAAAGAAGGAAAACACAGUAAUGGAUAAGUACGAGGCAGCAAAAGCAGCACUGGAGGAAGUGAUCGCUGAGAGAAAUCAAAGAAAGAAGCAAAGUCAGGACUUUUCAUCCACUGACAGAGAUAUUGAGAUUGAUAAAGUAUCAAGUUCUAAGUGCCAAUCAGCUGAUUAUGAACAAGAUUUAAUAACACAAGAACACUACAGGCAGGCGAUAGCCAUGAGUCAGAAGGACAUGUUCGAAAGUGCUGCAAAAGACAGGAGAGGGGGUCAAAAGGGCUUUUCCGAUUUUAAAUCCAGCAGCCAAAUCGUCCAAAGUAUGUCGGAAAGGGACACCAAACAUGGAGAAAGUCGUGUGGCCGAGGUAAAUUUAGCUGGGCCUUGUAAGCAGGAAGGUGCUGGUGAGCACGGCCAGCGUGCAGCUGGACAGAUAAAAUAUAGAGAGAGAGACAGAUCUGGCAGACGUGAACGACACCAAAGCGAGCCUGAUAAUGUCAAAGCUCUGGAUAAAGUAACUAAACAUAAAGAAAGAGAGCAUGUGCCUAAAAUUAUUAACCUUAUGAAAGAGAGUUCAAGGGUUCCCAGUACUGAGAGUAGGCUCACUACGCAAGUUGAUGACUGUACAGCAGUUCAGAAGAAGAGCAGUUCUUUCAAACCAGAGGUUCCUCCUAGAAGAGGUAGAGCAGGGUCACAAAACGAGGAGAGAUUACUAUAUGAGAUUGAAAGAAGGGAAGACAGAGAAAGAGUUGAUAAAACAGGUGAAAAUGUUAUGAAAGUGAAGGCGAAUUUACCAAAGGAGAGAGGACCUGUGAGAGGACACGUGUCAGCCUUGAAGGAAAAGUUUAACAAAGAACAAGAAGCUCCAAGUAGUGCAACAAAUGUUCAUGACUAUCUGGCUCUAGAUAAUGGACUUAAGGAGAAUCCUCCUAAAAAAGACAAAGUAAAACUAAAAGAGAGUGUAGAGAAGGAGAAAGUCUUAGUACCCUCAAGUACCCCUGCAAGUGAAACAACACCAACUAAACAACAAAACAAAAAUCCUGAACGAAUUGAUGUAAGUUCAAGCAAGAGCUGUGAUAUAAACCCUGAUUUAUCAACAGUAAGGCAAAGACAAAUGAAUGAGACAGUUAGAGAGUCUAAUAAUGCUGAAGAAACUAAAGAGAUUGCUGUUUUAGAAAGUGAUCUCGCAACCAAGAAAGAGGAGAACAUAAGAGUCAUAAAGGAGAGUCCUUUAUGUGCUUCUGAAGCUUCAGAAGUUCCGGAAAAGCGAAGCCCAAAGCCCUCAAAAUCCAAAGAUAGCAGUAAAAAUUCUGUCAAACAGCUUUUAAGUGAUCUUUUUGGAAAGGCAGAAGCAAGAAAUGUAAAACCUGAAAUGUGCGCAUCUGUGAAAGAAAUCCCAGUAAAGACACCAGAAACCCCAGAAUCGAUCCAAGCAGAGAGUCCUUCAAUUCAUAGCAUCAAAGUUUAUGAUAUUCUUAAACAACCUGAGCCCUUGUCACCUGUAAAUCUCACACAAUUCGAGCAGGGCAACCUUCUUCUUCUUUCAAAUCCAACGCCAGAGUCAACACUAGAGUCCCUAGCCCAACCUGAAGUUGAUUUGGCAAGUCCAGCAAGAACAUGUGAAGAGAACUUCGAGAACCUCACUGAGGAGAAAUCGAGUGAGCCAAGUCUUUCUGAGAGGUUAUCUUCCCCUCCAAGUGAUGUAGACAAGGGAGGGUGGGUACGCUGUUUGAUUGAAUCUGCUAGAAAUCUAACUCCCACCAGUCAGUCCACUGCAUCUACGCCCACAAUGGGAAAACCUGUUUUAUUCAAGGUGAAAGACAAUACAUUUAAUUCCUCUCCUGUUACCAAAACUGUGAGACCUAUCCUUCAUAAAACUAUACCAGAGAUUUGCCAGCUGUGGUCUCCUAGGGAAAGCUUGAGUGGAUCUGAACGGGGUGAGGAGGACCUUUACAAGGACUGUGUAGAAGUGCAGAGUCCAACCAUACUAUCUCCAACUCCACCUUCCACGCCGGCCAGAAGUCCCCAGCCUGAUCAGUCAUCAAUCGGCUACAAGGGCAAAGUGCAACUGAAUUAUCUCACAGUGCCGGAAGAGGACGAGAGGCAAUCUGCUGUGAGCUCUGAUGUUUCUGAGGGAAUAGAGAGUUGUGGAACGAGUAUAGGAGAUGCUGUUGAGGAGAUUGUUGUUACCCUGCCUACAGAAGAUCCAGAGGAAUCUAAGCUACAAAGCGAGAGAUCUGGAUCUGCCUGCAGUGGCCUUGAAAAUCAGUCACAAGUCAAGCCUCCAGUUGUUCCUCCGAAAACAGAGAAAGCCCUGCGGCGUGCCAUGAGGCUCACUACAAGAAGAAUCCAGAAGGCAGAGUCCAAAAGCAAAUCAGAGCGCAAAGGCCGGAGCUGCGAGAAAAACACCAGUCACAAACCUGAGCGGAGACACCACAGCAGCGACAAAGUUCUCAGCAGUCAAUCAGAACUUCAAGCACCUGCUGUAGACUUUGAUGGAAGCAACCAAAGCACUGGAGAAAACAAGCCUCACAGAGGAGAAAGGUAUGCCAGAGAGCCUUCAAGAGAUUCAAGCAAUCAAGAAGGACACUACAGCGAGGAGAUGCUACAGCUUGAAAGUCCUGUCAAUCGAAACAAUAACCAAGCAAAAAUGAAGAAGAUGACAAACUUCAGCAAUCAAUCAAGGCAAAUUCCAGAAUCAGGUCAUCAUUUUGACUCUAAGGUGCCUGUAGAUGCCCCAUCUGAAAGACCAGGUCGCACCAGUGAUAAAAAAUCCCCACCCGAGAGGCUGGAUCGCAGGGCUCAUAGUUUGGACAGAUAUUUGACCAAUAUGAAUGAAGUCGCAAAGAAACCACCUUUGCGCCAAAACAGCAUAGAACAUACCUACGCUUCCAAUAUUGUAACACAGUCUUUCCCAAUGACCCAAAGGAAGCUUCUGCAGGAUCCAGAUUCUGGGCAGUAUUUUGUCGUGGACAUGCCAGUGCAGGUCAAGACGAAGACUUUCUUCGAUCCAGAGACGGGAAGUUACGUCCAGCUCCCGGUUCAGUCUCAUGAAGCCCCUGUACCACAGGCACAGUCUAUGGAAGUGGUGAAGGCACCUCCACCACUCGUGCUCUAUCAUGGCUUCGUUCCAAUGCCCGUCUCGACUUUACCUGCACAGAACUCAUCCAUCAAGUUAGGCUCUGUGGUUACUCCUAAUGAUUUGGAAGGGUUUGAAUCCAGUGAAAUAGAAAGGCAUGAUGAUGAAAUCUACCAAAAGCCCAAACCCUACCCUGAUCCUGCAUCUGUACAUGUAUCGCAGGAUUGUUUAGGAGAUGUGGAAACUGUGGACAGUGUCAGAUGAAGUCAUAAAAUUAGGUGACAGAUGACUUUAUAGAUUGUGGUCUUGGAUUUAAGUGUGUCUGAGUCCAGGCAUUUAGAUGUUUGAUUUUUCUUCCUGAUGAAUAUAGUCUUUAAAACGUGCUUUCACAAGAAACAGCAUGCUGGUAUGACAUGGAAUUAACGUUUGUGCUCCAUGUAUUUGUAUCUGCAUUGAUCACGACUGACUUUGUAAAUGUUGAAUUCUUAUCAAAUGAACUUAAAACUAGUUUCCUCACUGUUUUAAGUUCUGAGGAGUUGUACUUUUGUAAUGAUAAUGUGCAGCUAGACUAGGCAAUAGCGCUUUGCCAGAUAAUUUUUGAUACAUGUUGUAUUGUAAGUAUUUUUGCAGACUGGAGGAUGCACUUAUUUAAACACAAGUGACGAAUAGUUGCUGUAUGUCUUAAGUGACAUAUAUUUCAAUGACCAUUGGUGUCAUUAUCUUUGAGUGUACUUUGGAAUGAAUGAUAGAGUUGAUAGAGCUCAGGAUUUGUUGGCUUCAUACAUUGUAAACCAUUCCAAUAAAAACAUCUCAGUUAA